AUGGCUGCGUGUUAAUCUACAGAAAACCGAAGCAUGAUCCCAGUCGAAGAAAAGGCGAUGCAGUAUUAUCUGUAUCCGCCUCCGAUCGCUAGAUACGAAGAUGUUAUAGCUAAUCCUAAACUCUUCAUGGAUACUCUUGGCAACUUCCAUGCUGCCAUGGGGACUAAAUUCAUGAUUCCCAUCAUCGGGGGCAAGGACCUUGACUUGCAUCGCCUGUUCGUUGAAGUCACUUCGCGUGGGGGCAUUAAGAGGGUUCUUGAAGAGAAGAAGUGGAAGGAAGUGACGAAUUCGUUCAGUUUUCCGCCUUCAGCUACAAACGCUUCUUUUAUCUUACGGAAGUAUUAUAUGUCGCUCAUUCACCACUUCGAACAAGUCUAUUACUUUAAGGCGAAAGCUUGGACUCCCGUUUCUACUGAUACUUGGCAGAGUACGAAGUCUACGUUAACUUCGACUUCCGGAAUUCAAGUGACACCGAUGAAGAGACAGAGGACGACUACUAUAGAGGACUCGUUGCCUAAAGCUUCUCCAGAACCGUCAAUCGGCUUCCCAGUGACGGGCAUAAUUGACGGAAAAUUUGAAAGCGGGUAUCUUUGUACCGUCAUGAUAGGCGGAGAGCCGCUACAAGGCAUUCUUUAUCAGUGCAAUGGACACCCGUCGUACCAAACAUCAGAUCAUCACGGUGUAGUAACUCAAGGCCAAACUACAAGCGGAAAUGCAGCUCGACCAUCAACGAUGGUAAGGCGUAGGCGUAGGAAGAAAUCCGAAAUCAAAAAGAGGGAUCCCGCUCAUCCUAAGCCCAACCGAAGCGGCUAUAACUUCUUUUUCGCUGAGCAGCAUGCCAGGCUCAAACCACUUCAUCCUGGAAAGGAUAGAGACAUCAGUAGAAUGAUCGGUGAACUUUGGAACAACUUAACUGAUUCGAAAAAGGCGGUCUACCAAGAGAAAGCCAUGAAAGAUAAAGAACGAUACAGGAUCGAGAUGGAGCAUUACAGGGAGAGUUUAAGAACAGGACGGCUCGUAAGCAAUGCCGUGCCGUUGCUCCAACAGCUGUUCAAACGAGACGUUAACAUGAUGGAGUUCAACGAGACCUUCGAAACGGAUGGCGGAGUCUCUCCUCAAACUCCCGAAAACGAGCUUACUUCUGGUGACAAAAGCAGCUUCGAAGAUGAAGGAAAAACCGCUGAUACAGAUUCGAAUUUCGGAUUACCGCUGGUUGGAGCUGAGAUUGCGAGCAUGCAGACGGUAUCCGGUGGACUCAUGAAGACGGUGAUUGGAGGUGAAGAAUUCCCGAGGGACAUUGAAAUGGAUCCGAAAGAAUCAAAUCAGCAAGAAUCCAUAUCUGUUCACAAGAAUGAAUCGAAACAUGACGAAAAAUCUCGUCACGAUGAACCAACGAUGCCGGUUACCAUAGACGAAAACGAGAAAAAACACCAGUUUGCAUCUAUGCUCGAGAAAAUGCCAGUUGAGUUCGAUGGAACGGUUGAACACAGGACUUUAGCGGUCGAAGAAUUAGAACAAGUAACGAGUGAAACUCAAGUUCAAUAUGAGCCCAAACCUCUCGACCCUAUAGAAUCAGCAGCUGUAAGCAUGAAUCUCGAGCAAGAACCCCAUGUUUUGCAAGAAAACAUUCCGAAGGUGAUCGAUGAUGGGGCUCAAAUUGAAGCAGCGCCUACUAAUGAGGUCGAGCUACGGCCCCCCGAAGGAAGAGGGCUUGACUGA